GGAAUGAAUGGAAUCAGAUUGAUUUUAUCGGUUAUCAAGUUUCAAAUCAAUGUGCUGCUCUAACCGAAGCAAACCUGUUAUGUCCAACAUCACAUCCUGAAUUGGCUUAUUUACGCGAAACUCCACUAACACCAACUCAAUACAUCACUGACGUUCAAUACAUGGAGAAAAAUGAAUAUGGCGUGGAAACACGUAAAGACGGUCGUCCGAUGCCUGUUGAGUAUUUGCUUGUUGAUGUUCCAGCGGGUAUGCCAAAAGAACCACAUGCUACUUUUAAUAUUUCAAAGAAAUGUUAUUUCCCAAGUGAAAAUCGUACAUUAAUUGGAGAAUUACAAGUAAGGAAU